AUGCGAUUUCAGAAUCUAUUAGCAGGUGUCGCCCUUGCAAGUGCGGCUGCCGCGCAGUUCGUCUUCCCCGACGCAUCGGCUAGCCUGCAAGUCAACAAGGCUAUCCAGAUUCAGUGGAACAAGGCCGGCCUUCAGGCACCUCUCUCAAUCAAUCUCGUUCCUGCUGGCGCAGUGAUCCGACAAGAUGUUGUUCUAAAACAGGUUGCAGUAAAUAUCGGAAACGCAGGCAUCCUGCAAUGGACUGCUGAUGAAACCAUUACCGCCUUUCCCAAGUUUGCCAUGGUCAUUAUCGACGCGCGCGCAAAGGUGGUCGUGUCGCAGCCGUUUGUCAUUCAGUCGCUGACGAGACAGCCAGCCCAGCAAAUUAACUUGGGCAAUGGAAAUGGCGGCGGCAAGAAUGGCAAUAAGCAAGCCGGAGACAAGGCUGGAAAGCCGAAUAAUGAGGCGAAUAACAAGGAUAAGAAUAAGGAUAACAGCAAAGACGCCAACAAGGACGCCAACAAGGACGCCAACAAGGACGCCAACAAGGACGCCAACAAGGACGCCAACAAGGAUGGCAAGAAGGAAGAAAAGGUCACCGACAAGGAAGAGAGCAAUGACAGCUCCAAGACCAGUUUACUGCCCCUCCCCGGGCUGCCAGCGAGUGAUGAAGCACCAGUCUCUCUCAAGCCACUCCCCACUAUCGCAUCCGUUCCCUCCGCGACGCAGAUUGCUGCUCCAGCAUCCAGUACGGCGAAAUCCACUUCAAAGCUUACUACCAAAUCUGCCAGCCAGGAGAAACCGUCGACCUCAGAGGCUACACCAGCAGUCCCGCUGCCUACACCGUCAACUUCUCCCGCUGUUGAGGCUGGAAAGGAGCCGGCAGCGGCACAACCGGCUCAAAACGGAUUUACCACUCUGCAGCCAUCAGCAGAACCCGUUCCUGCAAACCCGUCUGCCGCACCCGCGGAAAAAGCCGCAGUGGCCGCUAUACCAGACGGGGCCUUGAAAGCUGAGGCAGUUGUUGCCGGAGGCUCGUUUAGAGAGCAGACCAGCGAAAUGGCUGUUCUGACGUCCCUCCCGUCGCAGGAAGGUCAAGAGACGAUUACCACGGCCAUCACUCCCCGACCGGCAAAAUUUGCCUCGAGUACGUUGAACGGAUUGGCAGAAUCGGCAAGUCCCACAACGUUGGGGGAGACCAAGCCAACAGCUCUGUCGGAGAAUGGCGUGCCGAGGCCCUGUCCCAGUCUGGUACUGGGACUGCUUGGUGCUGUCGCCUGUCUGGCUUUACUGUAA